AAAAAGCAAAACUAAAAAAAAACUAAAAUGGUCCAUAACGUGGCAAGAGCCGUACUGGUUAUAUAAUUAAAAAAUAGAAUAAAGUUAAAGAAAGUCCAUAAAGUGAGGAGAAAAGACUGAGAAAAACAAUAUUUAUUGGAGUACGUGCCAGGUUGGAAUUGCCUUUGGGCUUCAGCAAAAUCUGCCGUGUGUUUAUCUCUGUCUACUUCCUCCAGCAACAUGUGCCAUUUUUUCCCUCUUCUAUUUCUGAUCACCACACUCUGAAAAUUCAUAUUAAAAUCAAGAGAGAAUCAUUUCCUCCUUGAAGAUAAGAACUACCAAAUCCUACAAAAUCCCAACUGGGUUUUCUUCUCUGGGGACAAAAACAGAGAGAGAGAGAGAGAGAGAGAGAGAGAGCCAGAGAGAAGAAAAGAUGUUGGAAGGCAAAGCUUUCGUGGAGGACACAGACAUGCCAGUGAAGAUGCAGAUGCAGGCCAUGGCUGCUGCUUCUCAAGCUCUGGAUCUUUAUGACGUCUUUGAUUGCAGAUCCAUAGCCGCCCACAUAAAAAAGGAGUUUGACAUGAGAUAUGGAGGCGGUUGGCAAUGUGUGGUGGGCUCAAACUUUGGGUGUUUCUUCACUCAUUCAAAAGGAACCUUCAUCUACUUUACACUUGAGAGUCUCAGCUUUCUCAUCUUCAAAGGGGCUUCUUCUCCUUCCUCCUUACCCAAAGGCUAACGCAGUGUUUGGCAGAAAAGAAAAAAAGUUGGAGAUUCAGAAAGGCUGUACAGUUUGCUUUUUUGUUUCCCUUUUUUUGGGUUUUUCUGGUUUUCCUGAACAGGGUUGGUUUUGCAAUGGUGAUGUUUAGGCUAGGCUAUGCUAGGUAUGGACUUUUAUUUUGUGAUCAAGUGCUUUGUAAUGAUUUUCUAUGCAAGCAAUGUGAUAUAGCUUUUAGCUACCUCUUUUUUUUUUUGGAAUCUUUUUUUACUGUUGGUUUCUGGAAUUAAUUUCCUAUCUGACAUUUUCUGGCUCAAAGGGAAGAAAGAAGGACCCAAAACAGGAAAA